AUGGAAAACAAACCUCUAAAAAAGCCAGAUCAAAUUAAUAAUGAGGUGGCAGCUUCAAUGAAAAUCAAAUUGGAAUCCUUGCCUUGUGUUGUCUCUGAUAUCUGUUGCAUUUAUAAAGUUCCUGAGUUUAUCUUGAAAGGAAACGAAGAAUUUUAUCAACCUUCGGUCAUGUCAAUUGGCCCCGUCUACUAUAAAGAUGAAAAUUUAGAAACCAUGCAAGAGGUUAAAUGGAUUUACUUGGAUUACUUCCUUAAAAAUCCCUACAAUGCUUAUCCAAGCUUGGAGCCUUACAUCAAUUUUGUAAGGGAAAAGGAAUGGGAAAUUCGCGGCUCUUAUCAACAUCAAUUCAAUGAUAUCUCUAGCAAUGAGUUUAUUGAAAUGAUAGUGCUCGAUGCUGCAUUCUUGGUUUAUUAUUUCAUGUGCAAAAUUCCUACGUUUGAGAACAGAUAUUCAAUUCAUGAACCUUCUAUAGAGAAUAAGCUACAAGGACUAAUGCCAUACUUAGCGAAAGAUUUAUUUCUGCUAGAAAACCAACUCCCUUUUUUUGUUUUUAAGGAAAUAUGUAACAAGGCAUUUGGGAAUUUAAACCCUAGACCCAUUCUUUUCACUCUUGAUUACAUGCGCAAGACCUUUGGUAUCCCCGGAGACAAGGUUAUUGGGAGUAUUAUCAACGGCGAGAAAAUUACAGAUGAAUCAAGCAUAAAACAUCUAGUGGAUCUCCAGAGGAUGUCCUGUUACCUUUCUUUGAACAUACCAUUGCGCGACCCUAUACAAACGAAUCCAUUGUGCACCCAACCAAACACAAAUGAAACAGUUGAAAACACAAAUAUAACAGUUGAUAAUUCUAUCUCAUACAUGCACGAGGCAAUGUCUUGGGUUCAUUCAUUAUCGUCACUAUGUUUUACCAAGAGAGAAAACGACGAGUAUGACAAUAUUCAUCUUCGUUACACUGCUAAGAAACUAAAAGACUAUGGAGUUAAAUUUGUACCAAGUGAAAGUGAAAACCCACUCGAAAUAACAUUUUCGAAAGGGAAGCUAAAGAUUUCGAAAUUAGAUAUAAGUGAUGUUACGGAAUCUUUAUUCAGGAACCUGAUAUACUUUGAGCACUGCCAUUAUUCCAAGGAUUCUUACUUCAUUGAUUACAUCUUCUUCCUCGACGAAUUGGUAGACACCGUGGAAGACGUGCAAGUACUGAUUAAAAGCAAAAUUUUCGAUAAUUAUCUAGGAAGUGACGAAGAUGUUAAAAAACUUUUUACCAACAUUGGCAAACACUUAAAUCUAACAACCAGCUAUUAUUACUCCGAUACUUGCCGUGAUGUGAACAAGUACGCUUCGACUAGUUGGCAUCGAUGGAUGACUAUUUUUAUGAGAGAUUACUGUACUCAUCCAUGGAUGAUUUUAUCUGUGAUUGUUGCAUCCAUUGUUUUUACUCUUACUGUAUUAAAGUUUGUUGCUGGAUUUACUGAACUUUAG